AAGGCGCCGACUGGUGGGUAACAAAAAGGGAUUGGCCCUCGCUUCGGCUUCUGAUUGGUUUUGCCGAUUGCCUCGCUCAACUGCGAUUGGCUGGAUUCGGGUGGCGCCAAAUCCAAGGAGGACAGGGCGGCGGACAUGUCUGUCGGGGAGAGUUAAGAGGAGAGCUGCGGGCCGAGCCGGGAAUAAUCAUCCUCUGUACGGCUGUGAGGUGCACGAAGUCCCCCCCGAGCAUCACAGAGAACACCUAGCUUCCCGCCUGCGCCCUCACAGUUUCGUGGUGCCCGACCGCACUGACAUGUCCCGCUCGGCCCCAGCUCAUAUCCUCGGCAGCAGACCCACCGGGCUGCCCGUGGUGAAGGCUCUCUUCUCCUGCGAGGCCGCUGACACCGCCUCGGCCUUGUCUCCAGUCACACACCUGGCCAUGAAUGUGCAGAAGCUGGACGUCCUGGGCAGUCAAUGUGAAACCCCUAAGCGCAGGCUGUCGGACCGCUGGCCUAUGCUGAGGACAGAUUCUACAGAGUCCAUGGAUGCUGGCCUUGGACUGGAUUGCCCCGAUGUAAUGAGCUUUAGAGACCUGGAGGAAACGUUUGAGAAAUCUCUAUUUGAUUCCAGACGAGUAAUGAUUACAAAGUUACCCUUGGGAAGGAGGCGCUCCCUGCCGCAAAAAUUCCUGGGUUCGAGCCCAGCAUUCAAGAGGAAUCUCUCCGACUCCCUGGAUUGUGACGUUUUUGAAUCUAGUGAAUCGGAAAACAAGGAAAAUGAAGCCUUCCAGUUCAAGAUGCCAGUUAGACCAAGCUACAGGGGCUCGACGCGGUUUCGGUGUCAUGCGGAUGGCAAGGAAGCACUUGUACAACGGCAGAAGUCUGCACCGGCAUGCAUGUUUUCUUCUCCUGGGAAGGACUCGGAGGUUAAAGGAUUCGAUCUGCCUUUAAGAAGAAAGUCCUCCUGCACAUCCACUACGACUGAAAGCAGCGAUGAUGGCUUCUUGGACAUGCUGGUUGGAGACGAUGAGGAGAGCGAGUCUGAAAUCCCGUGCGGUGUUGCCAGGCUGUGGACUGCUCCUUUGGUAAUGAGAAGCGCUGCACACUGCUGUGAGCCUGGCUCCCCAUUAAAGCACCCACCGGUGGGCAGAGCUACAAUGAAGAGGCCUGAGCUGGCGCAGGGAGACAUGCCGGAGAAAAUAAAGAGGCGGCGGAGCAUGUUUGAGGUCACGGGCGACUCUGACACGAGCAUGAAUCUGCAAUGCUCCAAGUCCUUCUCCAAAGAAACCAUCGAAAGUUUACUUGACAGCGACCAAAAAGAUCUUGUUGGAGACUUCUCAAAGACCUUUCUGUUUCCAACUGUGAGCGGUAAACGUCAGGAGCUGAAAUACGUCACCCCGGAAAUGGUGGCCAUGGUUUUAAAUGGAUAUUUCAAAGACUUCAUUGAGCGUUGUGUGAUCGUUGACUGCAGAUACCCGUAUGAGUAUGAUGGGGGGCACAUAAAGAGCGCAAUCAAUCUGCACAUGGAACAAGAAAUAGAGGAUUAUUUCCUAAAGAAUACCAUCCGGCCACACGGAGCCAAGCGAGUGAUUCUGAUCUUCCACUGCGAGUUCUCCUCGGAGAGGGGGCCUCGGAUGUGCAAGUUCUUAAGAGAAAAGGACAGAGACCUGAAUGAGUAUCCCAAACUGCACUACCCUGAGCUGUACGUUUUGUUGGGCGGCUACAAAGAUUUCUUCCAGAAGUGCAAGUCACUGUGUGAUCCGGAGAGAUACCGGCCUAUGCUCCACGAAGACUUCAAAGAUGAUCUGAGGAGGUUCCGUAUGAAAAGCCGGACUUGGGCUGGCGAGAAGAGUAAACGGGAGCUGUACAGCCGUCUUAAGAAGCUAUUGGAACAAAUCUGCGUUACAAGUCUGGGUUUUACUUUGUUGGCGUGUUUUAAUCGGCGUUUACACCUAUGAUGGUGGAAGUGAAGCAACACGAGAGGCAGGUUUGUGUCCGUACUGUGUGUAGUCUGCAUCGUACCUGAGUUGUUGCCUCAUGGUGGCUGAAUGGGGGUAAAUCUCCGGAUGAACGGUUCAUACCACUGAGACGGUCCAACAACUGGAGACCUGAUGUAUGUUGAUCAAAGUUUUAAUGAAUAUCAUUAAUGGUGGGAAAACUGCCCUGCGGUGUCCUGACCUGUGUGCUGUCCACUCCAGAUUGCUUUGGAGUUUGCUGGCUUCUGGUGUCCGUCUUGUAUCCGGUACCAUCUGAAGUAUACAUUUUACAUAUAGCCAGAAGGGCUGCGGGCACCAGAGUCGGGCGUAGUUUAUGUCUGUACAUAAAUCACUUGAAAUUGUGUGACCAUAGAAAUGUGACGCUGAUUUCUGGGGGUUUUACGUCCUGUAGGGAAUAUGCAGUUUGUAUCUUUGCUGUCUUACAGGAAAAUAAACCACAUAAAACCUA